CCCCCUUUUUUGAUUCUACUUUUUGAAAUACAUGCAUCCACCGGAAUCAUCGUAGGUCCUGGUGGCGGAGGGCUUGCUUCAUCUUCUUCCUCAUAGGAAAAAAGAAAUCACAAAGGUCCUGGACAUCAUCACCAUGAUUAUGGAAGACCUCCACGACCACCUCCGUCACCACAGGAUCUAUUUUGUCCUCCGGAUUGGAUAACAUUCACCAGACCACAAGGAAAAUGAGGACCUCAAAGUGUUGCCGAGGCCAAGUGUAAAGAAUAUGGAGCAACACUGACAGGUUUAUACAAUGGAGUAGAACGAACGACUGUCGCAGAUGCCUUGAAAAAAGUAAUCCUAGAGAAUGGUGGAGGUGAUUACCCGCUGGCAUGGGUUGGUGGUAGAAGAAAUCCCUUGUGUCCAUGGGUGUCUUCUUGUGGAUACGAGGGAUUUUACGAGUGGUCUGAUGGACACACAACUGGAAACAAUGGCUUCAGAUAUGGUGCACAAUCGCCAAAUUGGAAUAAAAAUCCGCAAUGUCUGCAAAUCAUUCACUUGUCGUCUGAUAUAGAUCCGGCUCGUUUUAAUUAUUAUCAUGGAGAGCUUGACGAUAUGGUCUGUUCAUCAAGUGAGAAUCAGGCUGCCGCUUGCGGAAAACUUGCCAAAUGA